GUACCAGAUUAUCUAUGUCAUGCUCCUAGAUUCAAUAUUUUUGUUUUAAUUUGUGGUCACAGAGAUGGAAUUAUGGUUUACCACAUGUCGCUAAAAUAACAGUUUAUACCAGCUAAAGCCAGGCGAUUAGCUAAAGGCUUGCGUUAUGUUGGUAAUUUGUAACUGUGCUAGAAUGCGGUGCUAUUUAGGAGGAUGGUAUGACUUUGAGGUUACGAAUAGGGUGGUAGCUUCAUGUCCAUGCAAUAUCCAUUAAACAACAUUAGGAGAGAGGAACUAAACAGAUGGAUUCUGAGGCUGGUAACAGAAUGGGUUUAACCACACAGGAAGCUCUGAAUCGCUUAUGUCAAGAUAUUGAAACUGUUGUAGAUGAAUACAAAGAAUUCCAAACAAAGAGGCCGUAUGGUUCAUGGCUGAAGGAUAUGUUCCAUCACACGAGUCGGUAUACCACACUUUGCUGGACGUCAGCCCUUGCGCUUCUUUUAAACUCACUAACUCUCUUUUUAGUUUACCUCACAUCCAGUGAUCCAAGGUAUAGCAGUUUGCCAUUUGAAGGCUUUGUAAUACUUGUGUGUCUCAGCAUCAACCUAACAUGUGUUGCCAGGGAAAACAGCCUGAGGUACUGGGAAAUACCACAGAGAGUUUGUAACUUACUGGAAAAAUUGAAAGAAGCCACAAGAAGCUGUUAUUGGAUACCAGAGAACUACCCACACCUCUGUUCACCAUUCUCACCAUGUAUUACACUACAGUGGACAUAUCGUGAUGGUCAUCUUGUAAACCUACCAUGGGCAUUGUUGGUGACUGGUGAUGUGAUAAUGAUUCGUCCAGGUCAACAGGCUCCGGGACAUUGUAUACCAUUUGAGGAUAAGGAAGCACCAGUUCUUCAUGCUCGUGAAGUGUACAGUCCCAUGUUGCAUUCCAUUCGUGAGUCAUUUAGUAUUCCAAUGGCCCGUUCUCCAUUGUUCAAUAAGAAGUAUAUUCUCCAAGAGACUCCAUACUUGAGCAAUCUGCGUUUGGCUCUAGAGCAGGCUCUGGACCGACCAGUUACAUACCAUAAUAGACUACGGCACCUUCUUAUGCCUACGUGUUUGGAGCAGCUUGCACUUCCUGUCAUUCUGGUAUGUGUGCUGUUUGUCAACCUCAUUCGCUUCCUAUACCUCAGCAGGUGGGUUGGAAUAGGUCAUUGGACUGAGAUGUUCCUCCUGCAGACAACAGCUGUUGCUCUUCCAUUGCUGCCAGUUGUGUUUCCAGCGGCCUGGAUCAUUCUGGACUCACUGGGCAUGGCUCGCAUACAGGCCCUUAUCCAUAUGCCCACUCAUUCACAGCACAUGACUGUAGACCCUUUUGAAGAAGCAGAUCUUGCUGAGCCAAAACACCAAAUACCUGAGAUCAAGUGGAGAAAGAUUAAGACCUACUUGGUGGAUGUUUUAAGAGGACGUGGGCAGAUUCCGUCUCGAUCGGCCAACCUGUUACAUGUCCUAGGUUCUGUAACUGCUUUGUGCUGUGUUGACAAGAAAGGUAUCCUGUCAUGGCCAAAUCCAACAGCAGAGAAAGUUUUUUUUCUUAGAAACUCUUCUCAUACAUCUCACUCUUCAAGUGCAAACAGUAUUGUGCAUACUGACCCACUGCAGACAGGAAUACUGGAAGAAGAUGAGAAAGAUGAGGGAACGUCAAAGUCCAGUUUUAUGCAACAUGAUUACAAUGCAAUGCCGACAGUGGCUGAGGUCUUGGAUCUGACCCAUGAUCACAUGAGCCCCUUCCGUCUUCAGUUUGAUGACCACACAUGGAAACAGCAUCUCAGCUCUCUGAAACCUCUAGGGUUGGCAAUCUUGCUUAAUACCUGCAACAUGGCCACACAGGAGCACUACACACAGUUUUGUUCUCAUGUAACAUGCGAAGCCCUCUACGAUGAAGAUCUUGUCCCUGUUACCAAUCGCAGGAAAGCAAAUCUCUCAGAGGACAUGGCUGUGCUGCUGCCAGGAGCAAAUAAAUGCUUGUGUGAGUUGGCAAAACAAAUUGGAUUCAUGGAUCAAGCACAAGAUGUUUUUAAACUGGAGGAUCAACUUUCUACCUUCAGGCAUGUGCAACCAGAAGUUGUCCGCCGGGACAUAAAGUUUGCUCGUUCAUUAUCAAUGGCAAAGCUGAAGUUUCCAUUUCCACAUAUGGUGGCUGUGGUUAUGAGGGAACAGAGUCAUGGAGAUCUGCAACUCAUGUCUCAGGGUACAGCUGACAUAAUUCUUGACUUUUGUGUUGACUACUGGGAUGGACAUGACCUCUGCCCCAUGUCUCCCGCAGACAGAAAGAAAGUACAGGAUUUCUAUCAGCGUACCAGCCUUACUGCUUACUGUACAGCAUUUGCGUAUCGACCAUUGACACGAGGAGUGAACAGUCUGUUGUCACAAGUGUAUCUGGAGCUGCCUGCUGAUAGUAAACACCUCUAUGUUCCUCAUCGGAGUCCAACACCACUUGCUUGGGACUUCCGUAAUGUAUUGGAUCCACACUGCAAAAGCUUGCCUGGACAUUUUCACUCAACAGAUUCUCUCCUGGGAAAUGAGGUACAUGAGGAAGAUGUGAAUGAUGUGGAAGGUUGCUUUGAAAUGCAGUGUAAUCAGGUGUUUAUCGGGAUGGUUACAAUGCAAUACCAGGCCCAGAUAGACAUGGUUCAGCUGAUAGAGCAGUUGGAACGUGCAUGUAUUCGAUUUGUUCACUUCAGUAAGGAAAAUGAGCUACGGUCACGAGUUUUCUCAGAAAAGAUGGGGUUGGAGAGUGGCUGGAACUGUCACAUCUCACUUCUAAGCGAGCGUAACAGGUCUGACAGUGGCCACUCCGAGACUAUAGCUACUACUGGUGCAGCUGCCAUGUCUACUGUGACAAGUGGCACUGUGCCAGCUCGUCACUUCUGUCAUCUCUCUUCUUCUCCCUCAUCUCUCCCUAAGUGUAACACUGACCAACCAGACAGCAACGCUGUUGGUGAACCUGUCCUCCAUGAAGAGCGUGUCAGCUUGCUCAAUGCUCGCAGUAACAUUGGGAACUCUCGUGCUUUAAGUUUCUCUGCUCCGAGUGCAAUCAAUCUGGACUUCUCUCAGGUAAAGUUUGAAGAAGAGACACGUGACUGGACUGAUGAAUCAUUGCUCAACAAGUCCACUGUAAACCACAGCAGGGAUCAUCAAAGCCAUGGGGAAAGUCAGGACAGUGUACUGGUACACAGCAUGGAACUUACUUCUCAGCAGGAUACAUGGCGCUCCCUCAGCUGUCUCACAGACAGUACUGAGCAGAGUGCACCUAUCAAUUUCAUCAUGUCCAACAGGGCAAAGCUGCCCCGAGGGAUUGACAAGAUACGCCCCCACCUAGAGCAGAUAGAUAAUGUCCCUUUAUUAGUAUCACUGUUCACUGAUUGUACUCCUUCUGUGACCCGAGAAAUGCUUCAUAUCAUGCAAGAGUAUGGGGAAGUAGUCUGUGUCAUUGGUUCUUCUGCCAAUGCAGACAACAUGGCUAUCUUUCUCCAAGCAGAUGCAAGCUUGGCAGUAGAGCCUCUGUACCCACAAGUGUGCCAGAAGGUGGCCGUGUUCAAAGAGACUACACCUGAUCAAGGACCAUCACCUGUUGAAUUGAGUCGCAGUCUCAACUCCAUUGCGUGCUCCAUCAGUUUUCGGAGGGAGGAUCCUAUUUCAAUCUUCCACCUCAUCUUGGAGUCACGCCAUUACAUGCAAUGUGUGUGGAACUGUGUACAGUUCUGGGUGUGCUGUGGUGUGACAGUGAGUGCAGUACAGGUGCUAGGGAUCUUCCUAAUGCUGCCACCCGUCCUCACAACAGGAUCUGUGCUGUGGUUGGUAUGCUUGGUUGUUCCUCUCCUCUCACUCUCAUUGGUUGCCAACUCAACUGACCCACAAGUCAUGCAACGUGCUACUGGCAAGAAUCAGUGUGUUGUUAACUCACAGGUUUCUAUGUUUGUGCUGUGGUGCUAUGGUUCUAAGUUCCUGCCAACUGUAUUCAUAGUUCUACUGUUUUAUGCUGUUACACUAUCUUGUUUCUGUGGUGAGAUAGUUGUCAGUACAAACACAACAUGCACCAUGGUGUAUCCCUUGCCAUCUAUCAGCAUUCCACAAGAACUGUGGGGAGGCUGGGUCAGACAUCAGUACAGUUUGCUUACAUCACAACAUGCAGCACUUGCGCUUUUAGUGCUCCAUUUUGUGACCAUAUCAAUAAGCUUUGUGGAACGUGAGUACUCAAUCUGGCAUAGAAGCCCACACCACAACAGGGUUUGGCUACUGGUUGUGAUUAUCACGAUAAGCUUGCAGAUUAUGUAUACUGGAAUCUCCCUGUGUAGUGAUGACAGCUCAACACAACUUGGUGUAGGACACAUUCCCUGGUAUGUCCUGACUCUUGGCUUGCUGUCAUCAGUGCUCAUCUUUUUAAUUAAUGAACUGGUGAAACAAGAAGAAAUCAAAGCAAACGUUAGAUACCAGAAACGAGCCCGUCUGGAGUUUGGAACAAAGUUGGGAAUGAACUCACCAUUCUAGAGGGUUCUUGUCUUUUUAAAGUGAUGGCUGCAAGCUUGUGCAAAUGUGUGUUAAUGUUGGAUAUAAGUUGUGGUGUUCUUUUUGUCAAGAAUUCAUAGGUAAAUAAACUGCUGUCUGGCACCUGCAUAUUAGGAAUCUGAAAAUGUGUUAACUGCAGUCAAAUGCAUGUCAGCCGUUCAGUCCAUCCAACAUAACCAGAAUCUGCUUCUUUUAGAUCCAUUUAAUAUCAUCCUGAUUAUAUCUGCAGCACCUUUGUGAUAUUAAACAUGCAUAUAUAUGUUGUGGUUACGAGGGGGCAUUAUUAAAUAUCUGCAUUUUUAUAUAGAAUGGACAUAAUAUUUUGUGUUUGCAUUUUAUAACAAAUAUGGACAUGAGGGAGGGAGGAUAUGAGAUAAUAUGAAAAUGGUGUAGUAAUUUACAGCCUGUAUUUCCCAGGGCCUGGUUACAAUUGAUGGUGAUAUAAUUAUAUUCACUGCUGUUGAUUAUUUCCCACUGGCCUGGGCUGUAUAAAAUGUAAACAGUGCUAGAAAGAAAAGAAAAUGUUUGUAUUAUUUUGUAACCAGGACUUUUGAAAGUCAGUAUGUUAACAGCUUAAUAAUUGUACAUAACACAUUUGAUUGCUAAACAGAGCAUGGUGGUAGGAUGAAUGUAACUCAGCUGAUUGUGAAAAACUGAGGCCAAUAUGUUCUAGUGUGGUAAGAUGGAAAGAAACAGCAGAAAUCUAAUGUUAACACUUUGUGCCCUAAUUUAAAUGACUCUCUGAUAAAUAGAUAUGAUAAGAAACAA